UCCGUUUUUGGCGUUUUGAUCCUUUGUGUGCACUGCCGCGGUAUGAAUCGGAGAUCUGGUAAGAGAUAACGGGUCCUGGCAGCCCAGGGAAUAAAUCUCGUUGUCCCUCGUAUUUGAUGCGCACAUGAAGGUGUUGCGGUGCGCCUGUCUAACGAGCGGCGUUGAGCCCGGGCCCGCAUUCACCAGGCUCUGCCGCACUCUUUGAUGUGUGAGCUCGGUGGCUAGCGGAGUUGACGGUGAUGCUGCUGCAUCAGAGGAUUUAUCCCGGCGCCUAUGACUGUGAGAUGGAGCUAACGGCGUUCAAAUGGAGCUGCCCCCUCGACAGUUAGCGAGCUAACCCUGCUCGUACAGACCUGUCCCGGAGAGCUAAUGGGUGCAGUUUCAUCGCCCAGGGCUUUCUGUAACAUCACCACCACGUUGUUACACCCCUGUCUUGUCUACACAUCUAACCGAUCAUGCCGUGCUGCAAUAUUUGCUAACUUUGCCGUUUAGGAAAGCUACACGUGAACGAAUUGAUCCUACUUCCAAAGUUAGUAGUCUUCUGGCCGUCCUUGGAUGCUUCAGUGAUAUUAAGUGGACGUUGUUUACCAGGAUGGCACAGCUCUUGGACGGGGCCAGCAAACUGGGCUGGGUUCUCCUCAAGGCUGUGCUCCGUUUCGUCUUCAUGUUCUUCAACAACUGUGUUGCCAUCCCAUCCUACUGCUUAUACCUGCUGCUGCUUCAACCUUUGAGAAUAUGGGACAGCUACACUUUCUGGCACAUAGAAGGAGUUAUGUUCAAGUGGUUGCUUGGCAUGGUGUCUUCAUGGGGUUGGAUCGCUGGUUAUACUGUCACAGAAUGGGGUGACGAUGUGAGGCCCAUUUCUGAAGAAGCAGCCAUGGUCAUUGUCAACCACCAAUCCACGGGUGAUGUUUGCACACUCAUGAUGUGCCUGCAGGACAAAGGCACGGUGGUACAAAAAAUGAUGUGGUUGAUGGACCAUGUGUUCAAGUACACCAACUUUGGCCUAGUAUCCCUGAUUCAUGGGGACUUCUUUAUUAGACAGGGUAAAGCUCACAGAGACAAACAGCUGAUCUACUUGAAAGAUCACCUCGACAAAUACUACUACAACCGGGACAGGAAGUGGAUAGUGCUGUUCCCCGAGGGUGGCUUCCUCAGAAAAAGGCGGGAAACCAGCCAGUUGUUUGCCAAGAAGCACUCUCUCCCCCACCUGACCCACGUGACGUUGCCUCGUCUCGGGGCCACCCACGUCAUCCUGAAGACCCUGUCAGCCCAGCAGGAAAACGGCAGCUUGGGCUGCGAAACAAGGACCACAAACCAAACAGCCAAUAAGCAUAAAGGUCUGCAGUGGGUUAUAGAUGUAACUAUAGCGUACCCCAAGGCCAGACCGAUGGACAUCCAGACCUGGAUCUUCGGCUACAGGCCUCCCACAGUAACACACGUCCAUUACAGGAUGUACCCGAUAAAAGACGUUCCUGUGGAGGCAGAGGCCCUGACUGACUGGCUGUAUCAGAGAUUUGUGGAGAAAGAAAAGUUGUUGACUUACUUCUAUGACAAAGGAUCCUUUCCUCCUCUAGAAGGACAGAAGGAGGCGCUUUCCCGGCAGAUGACCCUGGAUCCCGUGUGGCUGUGCAGCAUCCAGAUCUUCGCUUUCGCCUCUGGCUACAUGUGGUACAGCGUCCUCCAGUACCUCUACUGCUGUUUAUUUUGAGCGCGCUGAUGGGACAAACACUUCUCUUGGACCACUGGGGAGGCCUCGGGAUGAGUAUGUGUGUGGCGCAGCUUCCUUUUCCCCCCACGAUGACUGAAUGUACAUUUGCGGCAGCGGAGAGACUCGUUAGGAAACGACUAAAUAAUAAAAAACAACAAAAAUGGAAAAAACCCAUACGGUCACGGUUUAACUUGCGCGCAGCCCCAGCGCCACAGGAAGCGGUCAUGCCCAUCCCUGCUCCCAUUUCCACGUUUACACAUGCUCAUACAUGUACACACCGACAUACACACACUUCAGGAGAUUCUCGGGACCGGACUCGACUCCUCUCGAUGCUUCAGCUGUCGUACUUUUACAGAGGAAGGAGCGCAGACGGACAUGUGCGGGGGGCAACAAAAAAACAAGACACUGGAAGUGAACUUUCUGCCCGGAGAGUCGCUGAAUCCCGCCGUACUCGUCAGUCAGCUCGCCAACCAAUCAGCUGUCGGCACCUCCUAGAGCGAACGUUUGAACAGACGCUGGGGGGGGGGUCCACCCACCCUGGCCGCUCCCCUGGCUUUCAUUGCACUAUGGAUCCAUACUGCCCCAGAUGCUCUUCUCCCCUGGAAUAGCCCCCCGCCCCCCCCCCCCAAAAAAAUGGUAGCUGUUGAUGUUUUUAUUAUUUCUUUUAUUUUCUUCCAUUAACCUGCAUAUCUUCUCAGCAUCUCUCAUUCGAUUGUUUUUAAUAUCGUUUUGUUGGGACUCUGUGCGCCUGUGAGGUCGUGUUGUGAGCUUGCUGAAUAGCGGGGGGGGGGUGUCAUGUUUACAUGCUGAAAGCCUAAAGCAUUGUGGGUAUGAUGCAUUACUUUUAAUGCCUAUUUAGAAGUUGAAAAUAAAAUAAAAUAAAUCGAUUCACCUGUUCACCCCCCCCCCCCGCAGUUCAACCCCCCCAUGCACAUGUGCAGACUCUUGCCUCAUGCAGGCACUCAUACUGCCCUGCUGGACUCUGUAGUUUUACAAAUAUUUAAGCCAUAUGGUUAGAAUCUUGGGGGAUGGAAGAAAGAGAAGGAGGAACAAUAUUUUUUUCAAUUGAAAGCUAAUUUAUGUUCAACAUUCUAUGAUAGAGACUUCGGCUUACAUGAUUCAAGGUGUCAUACGUGUAAAUUCACAGCAUAACCUGCCUAAGUGAGUGUGAGUGACUUUACCCCCAUUUUUGAUAUCUAUGACUCGCAUUGUGGCGUCCAGACUGUCACCUCCAGCGGUCAAAUUCGAUUUUCUUUUAAUUGCAAACACUGUUAUUUUCUCCAUGUAAAAGUAUGUUUAAAUCUUGUACAUAGAGAGAGAAAAAGAAAAUGUUGGAAAACGGCUGGUGUCUCUUUUUUGGUCCUUUAAUGAUAUUGACGACAUUUAUUUUGAAAUAUGAAUGUUUUUUGUUUUUUUUUAAAAGAGUUAUUUUACCCUCACUUUUCAGUAUUAUUUUUCUUUUUUUUUUCUUUUUUCUUUUGCAACAUGUGCUUCACAACGUCGUAGCUACUGUAGGUCCGCGUGUUCGGCACAUGGGCCCGACUGCAAACUUUUACAAUAAAGAGGACUUAGUGAAACAACUCUGACGCCUUACAGAAUGUGCUGGUUCAUCACAAUCCCAAAUAAAGCUGUUUUCUGGCAUCGCUGCAGACACAUCUGAUGUUUCUGUGAAGAUGGAAAACAUCCUCAUCACAAGCUCAGUUUAAUUGCCAGGUUUAGUUCAGAGAAUUAGGUUAAAUACGUCAUAAAAGGAGUUUUUGAGCAACGUCUUAAGCAGCGGUAGUAAAACGGCUAACAAGGGCUGCCUGUGGAGGUAGGUGAGAGCGUUUGAAAUCCGAGUGUAAGUGGGAUUUGUCCCGCCUCUUUUUCCAGUUUCCCUCCAUCACAAGUGACAUUUUUUUUCUUCCUAUUUGUUGCACCUUUCGACCAUGUUUCCAGAAGAGGAAAGACGAGUGUUUUCUCAAAUGUGAUUUUAGGAAAUUGUCCCAAUAAGGAUUCCAAGUGAUUUUACUAAAACUGUCUGUAUUUUUCCAUUUUGUACUUCUCCUUUAAGUCCAACUUGCGCUGCCAUUUUACAACACCAACAGCCUGUGCUGGAAUAAAACUAAAUGACCCAAA